ACACUCCUCAGCGCUAUGAUCUUAAACAGAAUGUACAGGAAAUUGUCCAAAUAUAAGGAUCCCUUUCCAUUAUUGUAACACCACAGACAUUGAGGACAUGAAAAGGUCAUUUUUCUUCAAAUAUCACAAAAGUAUUUUCAUGGCAAUAUAAUUAUUGUAUUGUGUAAUUGUAUUUAAUUUAGCAUGCAUAAUAUUUAUUUGAAAUAAAAAUGUUAAAAAUGUAUAUUGUUGCAAAGUUAAUACCACAUGCGAGCACAAAUAAAGAAUGGCCUAAUAUGAUGGCACCAGCUUUAGGGUAGAAUUGUUCAUAAAUUUUCUCAGAAAAACAUGAUUUGCAGUUUCCGUAAUAAGCUAGAAACAUGCAACAAGGACACAUUUGUAGGACAAGCAGCCAUUAAAUAUAUAUUUAAGGAAAACUGUAUUGAAAAAAAUAAGCCAUUGAUUAAAAGACUGAUUGGUUUUUGUUGCAGUUAAUGAAAAAAAUCAAUAUCUUUUAUCCAUUUUAUCCAGCACAUUGUGUUCAUUGUCCUAUUGAGCUUUUGAAUUUAUGAUUUGGUUGUCUCAACCUGUCCUUGACAAUGUCCGUGUUCUCCAUUCCGUCCUUUUCUCCAGAUAUUACCACUUCCUGUACACCAACUUCCUGCCAAAUAGCUUGAAGAGCAUGGUGGACCAACUGGCCAACUGUGAGGACAUCCUCAUGAACUUCCUAGUGUCCGCUGUCACCAAGCUGCCGCCCAUCAAGGUCACACAGAAAAAACAGUACAAGGAGACCAUGAUGGCUCAGUCAUCUCGAGCCUCGCGCUGGGCGGACCCGGACCACUUUGCCCAGCGGCAGACCUGCAUGAACAAGUUCGCCAGCUGGUUUGGCGGCAUCUUGGAACUUCAGCUUGUUCCAAUGGCAACACGGUCCCCUGAUCUCAAUCCAAUAGAGCACCUUUGGGGUGAGCUGAAAUGA